AAGACAAUAUAUACACAAUAUAAACAAAACAUUAGGAAAACACACUGAAUUAAACAUGGAAUGUAUAGAAAAAUAGUAUUUAUGCAGUGUGUGACGAAUUUUUAAAGACAUAUUUUAAACUCGUUACUGUAUUUUAAAGCAGAUCACCGUUAGUCUCUGAAUGCUACUGAUUUGUGAUUCAGAAAACGAUAAACAAACUCCUGAUGAUGAAGAUGAUGAAGAUGAUGAUUUCGCGAGUUGUCAGCAGUCUCCAGCUCCUCCGGUGCUCGGUGUGUCUGAUCAGCGUCGCGUGUUCCGGUGUUUCCGGUGUGACGGAGCGGCAGGAGCGGAGAAUCAUCGCGCGGCGCGGCAGACGGAUGCUGCCGGUGACCGGAGAACGGCCGCGAUCCCUGUGAGAUGGACGAGAAGAGCUCAACACGGCAACUAACACACGACAAAACGCCUCGCACUCCGCGCAGAAGCGGCGCGUUCGGUUCCGUCGCAUUCUCCCCGCGCGUCCCGAGCGGCGGCGGUUUACCGAUCAUCACCGGAGAUCCAGCUAUAAACACUGCGCUGACGUUAUUCCCUCUGUACCGUUCCUGAUCACGGAGAAGGACAAGGAGGAAAUAUGAGAGCUCCGCCCGGCUUUCUUGGGAUUUUAUCAGAAGAAGAGCGCUCAGGAAGUGCACCGGGGAAUGUUUGAGGUGACUGAGAUGCUGUUUCUGAAGCAUUAGCGGCGAGAGACGAGGAAGAGGAAGAGGAAGAGGGGGAAGGGAGAGAGAGAGAGAGAGAGAGAGAGAGGGAGAGAGAGCAGGUUUCCAGAAGCACCUGUUCCUCUGCUGUGAUCAUGGAGAUUAACGUCCCAUCUCACCGCUUCUACUUCCCUCAGAUCUACUGUGAGCCCGGCGCGCCGCUCGCUGACAUCAAGGUCAGCGAGCAGAGCAUCUGUCAGGCCCGCGCCUCCGUCAUGGUCUACGACGACACCAGCAAGAAAUGGGUGCCGAUCAAACCGGGUCAGCAGGGCUUCAGCCGAAUCAACAUCUACCACAACACCAGCAGCAGCAGCUUCCGCGUGGUGGGAGUCAAACUGCAGGACCAGCAGGUGGUCAUCAACUACUCCAUCGUGAAGGGUCUGAAGUAUAACCAGGCCACGCCCACCUUCCACCAGUGGCGUGACGCGCGGCAGGUGUACGGACUCAACUUCGCCAGUAAAGAGGAGGCCAGCACCUUCUCCAACGCCAUGCUGUUCGCCCUCAACGUGCUCAGCAGCCAGGAGCCAGGUCCAGCUGUUCAACGUCAAGUCCAGAACGGGCUGAGUUCAGAAGAAGUGGAGGUCCAGAGACGGCAAAUGGAAAUACAGCAGCAGCAGAUGCAGGCGCAGAGCGAGCGGGAGAGACGAUCGUCCAACCCAGGAUCCCCGUUUCAGGGUCACCCCGCGGUGCUGUCUGUAGCUCCUCCCAUUGUGGCUCCGCCUCCUCUGCCGAUGGGUGGUCCCUGCCCCCCUCCCCCGCCUGGGCCGCCGCCCCCUUCUGCUGGAGCUCCGCCCCCUCCCCCGCCUCCUCUGCCUGUAGGUGGGUACGGGGGUCACGCCCAGGACGAUAGCCACGCCCCCUCGGGUCUCGCCGCCAUGAUCGCCGGAGCCAAACUGCGCCGCGUGCAACGGCCGGAGGAAAGCUCUGCGUCCGGAGCCAGGCCGGAAGUGAACCGGAGCAGCGGAGGAGGUCUGAUGGAGGAGAUGAACGCGCUGCUCGCUCGCAGACGGAGAGCAGCAGAUGAGAAGAGGGACGGAGAGAGCCCGAGCGAGGAUCCGGCGUCUCGGGGACAGAGCUGCGCAGCUUCCUCUUCAUCUGAGACACAGCAGAGCAGGAAGAGUGAGCUCAGGGUUCGAGCGGCCGGCAGCAUCAGUGACUCAGACGCAUUAGACUUCGACAGAAUGAAACAGGAAAUCCUGGAGGAAGUGGUUCGUGAGCUGCACAAGGUGAAGGAUGAGAUCAUUGAUGCCGUCAGACACGAGCUCAGUAGAAUCAGCAGCACAUAGAGAACCCAAGCCCUGCAGAUCCUGCUGAAGCCUCCAGAGCCCACGGCGUCCUCGUCCUCAUCCUCAUCCUCAUCCUCGUCUUCACACGUCCAGAUCCCUGAUGAAGCAGAGACACUCGCACCCAUCUCACCGUUCUGCUGGAUCUGGACUCAGCUGAAGACUUACAGAACCUGAGGAACACAGAACCAACAUCUGGAGGCCUUUUACUGUGUCUGCAUCAUCAUCAUCAUCAUUAUUAUUAUUAUUAUUAUUAUUAUUAUUAUUAUUAUUAUUAUUAUUAUUAUUAUUAUUAUUAUUAUUAUAGGUGUAGUAGUUGUAGUGUUUUCAUGUAGGUAGACAUAGGAAUUAAUAAUAAUGAUAAUAAUAAUGAUAUCAUUGCACAUCCGUUUUCAUUUUCCUUCAGAUUCAUCGUAAGCACAUUUCUCAUUACCUCUGUUUUUUAAUGUUUUUUUUAAUGAUCCUUCUUGUCAUAAUGAUGUAUUUAAUCACUGACGGAGGGUUUCGAGGAUGCGAGGAGUUAUUAUCUGACAAACAGACAUCACACCAGAGUAUUUGUGAUCAUGUUGUUAAUUAAAUAUUGUUCUGUUUUAUGAGUUCUGUUUUGACCAAGUGCUUCCUGGUUAGAAAAAGAAAGAGAAAAGAUAUACAUGAUGUUUAAAAAAGAAGUGAAAUAAAGUGUGAAGGGUGUGUUUCA